CUUUUGCAACGAUUACAAACACUUCUCAAUACAACAGUUGGCAUUUGAAACGAAAAGUUUGGACAAGUUUUUCACUUUUUUGAUAUUAGUUUUUUAAAAUUGUCGUUUAGUCUACAAUAUUAAUAUAAAAAGGAUUCGUUACUUAUACUUAAGAUGAUUAAUCCGUUUGCAAUCAUCUCAAUGAUAUUAGUUUAUAAUAUGGAUGGAUAUGAUUGUCAUCAGGUGUAUCCACCCAUACCUGGAAAUGUGGUGCCAAUGCAACAAAUGGGAGGCAUUGGUCCGCCAGCAGUCAAACCUCCUAUUGCCAGUCAGACCAGGGGUUCGACCCGAUGUUAUAUCUGCCAGUGGUCUAUAGUCCAGUGCUCCGACUUUAACUGCUAUAACAAUCCCGACAUUUGCACAAACAAUAACUUUAGCCCAAGUCUUGUACAACAGGCUGACUGUCCGGCCGGUUGUGAACAGUUUGUUAUAACCGAUCCAAACGUGAUCGCUUAUAUCUCACCCAAAGCGAUUGUCAAACAGAGACAGACCUACAGAUCGGACACAAUGUUGAUGCCGAAGAAGGAUCGGAUCGCUAUCUAUGAGUAUCUCUUCAAAGAGGGAGUAAUGGUGGCGGAGAAGGACUUUCACGCACCCAAACACCCGGCCCUCGAGAAGGUGGCCAAUCUUCACGUGAUUAAAGCCCUCCAAUCGCUGAAGAGUAGGGGUUAUGUGAAGGAACAGUUCGCGUGGAGACACUACUACUGGUAUCUCACUAACGAAGGCAUCCAGUAUUUGCGUGAUUUCCUUCAUUUGCCGCCAGAGAUAGUGCCGCCGACUCUGAAACGACAGGUCAAGACCGAGUCCUCCCGACCCCGCACUCAGAAACCCGACGAGAACCGACCGCAAAGAGAUGGCGGGCGAGAGAACUAUCGCCGAGACUUCGGAGAGGGCGGACGUCCCGAAGGCGGACCCGACAGACAAUUUAGAGGAGGUUUCGGUCGAGGAGGCGGUGGUUUCGGUCGCGGAAACUAAAUUAAUAUCGAUUUUGUUAACUAAUUUACAAACAAAUCUCGAAACAAAUUAAUAAAAAACAUUUAAUAAGAAA